CUUCUGCGCAGCUGAAGGAAAAUCCAAAAAUAAAAAUUUGAAAGUGUAUUUAUUUGAUGUUGCAGAUUUCUGUUCGCAAUUUAAAAUGCGUUAAAUGAAAAAAUAAGAUGACCCACCAGGGCUGCAAACAUUUGCGUGAAUUUAAGUCCACAGAUGGAACUGGGUCAUAUCGAAUUUUGGUUUCCUAUUUUGUGGCAUGUUCAUCAACGGAAGCAAGAAAGAGAAAGGCCAAGUCUUGUAUUUGUCACAGCUGUAGAGUCAUAUCCGCACGUCUUCAUUCCUGUCUCUCUUGUGUUUACUUCGGGUGCUAUGGCGGCAAUGACCAUAUUAAGCAACACGCUACAACAAAAAGACAUAAUUUCGCUGUUGAUCUCUCCCAUGGAGCUGUUUUCUGCUUCCUCUGCAAGGACUACAUUUAUGACGCUGAAUUUGAUGAAAUCUUGGCCAUGUCUCGUAAAGCAUCUAAGCAAUCAAUAGGACUUGAUAAAACUUGCCAACCAUGGGAGCCCUCGUGUAUUGAGAAAGAGCUGAUGCAGCUGCACCCAAAACGGCGCAAAGUGACAGAGUACUCAACAAUAGGGCUUCGAGGUCUAAUAAAUUUGGGGAACACAUGUUUCAUGAACUGUAUUGUGCAAGCUUUGACCCAUACACCACUGCUAAGGGACUUCUUCCUGGCAGACAAACAUAACUGUUUAAUGUUGAAUGAAUCUCAACGCUGUUUGGUCUGCGAGAUGUCAAGGCUCUUUCAAGAGUUCUAUAGUGGAGUACGAACUCCGCAUACACCCUACCGGUUGCUCCACCUGGUGUGGACACAUGCACGACAUCUGGCGGGGUAUGAACAGCAAGACGCUCAUGAAUUUUUAAUUGCAGCACUAGAUGUCCUUCACCGACAUUGUAAAGGGAAUAAUGGACUCUCGAAGAGUAAUCCCCACCACUGUAACUGUAUUAUAGACCAAAUAUUCACUGGAGGGCUGCAGUCAGAUGUCACAUGUCAAAAGUGCAAUAAUGUUUCCACGACAAUUGAUCCCUUCUGGGAUAUCUCAUUGGACCUUGGGCCUCCACCCAAUAGUCUUCUGCUGAAUCCUGCUCUCUAUGGGGCCUUCGAACAACCUACCUCACUGAUGAGCUGUCUCAAGAGAUUUACACGUCCUGAGCAUCUCGGUAGUUCAGCAAAGAUAAAGUGCAGUAAAUGCCACAGUUACCAGGAGUCAACUAAACAGCUCACUAUGAAGAAACUUCCUGUAGUGGCAUGCUUCCACCUUAAGAGAUUCGAACAUUCAACGGGUUACCACAAGAAGAUCUCCACAUACGUUGAGUUCCCCGAGGAGUUGGACAUGACCGCCUUUAUGUCAUCAUCACGUAGCAACAACAAUGGUUAUAGCAACCAGGUGGUACAUCUUACAGCUAACGGACUCACCAGUCAACACAAGUAUUCCCUCUAUGCAGUUGUUAACCACAGGGGUACAGCAGAUACAGGGCAUUAUACAUGCUUUAUUAGGCAGCACAAGAAUCAGUGGUUUAAGUGUGAGGAUCACCUGAUUACCAAAGUAGACUUAAAAGAUGUACUAAGGAGUGAAGGGUAUCUUCUCUUUUACCACAAACAGAUUCUGGAGUAUGAAUAGAUGGCAGCACAAUACGCUGAUGUGAGUAGAUAGAACUGUUGCAGUAAUCUGGUGUAAAUGUGAUGAGACCUGGUUAAAUAUGCUAUAAUGGCAAUUGGAUGCACUAAGUUUGUUUUCAGUGAAUGUUUAAAUUAAUGAAAUGUGAGUUGAUGUCAAUCAUAAAAUGUUUCUCAGCAUCAUAUGAGUUGAUAUGCCAGUACAUGUAUCCAAAUGACCUUAUUGUUUGAACCCUGUUCAUAAGGGCAGGAAUAUGUUAAUCUGGGGGUCAUUAACAGAA